AUGAAAGAAAUGAAUAACUUGGCAUUCAUCUGUGACAGUGUUUAUUGUGUCAAAAAUAUAGAUGCUGAAGAGAAACUGUUGCUGAAAAAGCUCAGCGAAGCUUUCUCAUGCCGCAACCUCGAAAAAUUCAAAAUGCUCCUCCAGCGUCCAAUCCGCAAGUCCUUAGCACUCAUUCCAUCACAAUCCUCAAUCUACGAUCCAAAAAGUUACGACAGCCUCCGAGCGAAACGCUUCAACUUCUUCCGGAACAGCACAAGUACAAACACAAGCACCAGCACAUGCACGAGCAUCAGCACAACAGCAAGCAUCGAUGAAUUAAGUAUGGAGGAAAAAAACAACAAAAACAAGACGAGAACAAUUAAUUUAAAUAAUCAAAUUUCCCAGCGAAUUCUUUGUUAUCGUAAAAAUAAUGAGGAACUAAGUUUGAUUGAGAGAAUCAUGAAGGAACCAGACAGUCAUGAAUUUAUUUCAUUUAUUUGGACUGAAUGUGAUUUUUGGCGAGAUCCAGUCGCACUUUAUGCUGUCAAUGAUAAAGGCAUGUGCUUUAUGGACUUUGUGAUUGAAAGUGGCGACGACAUGAAUUUAUUUACAUUUUUAAUCCACGAUCUUAGUGACGAAAUGAGAAGCGACAAAAAUUAUUUUUUAAAAAUUAAAAAUGAAAUUUAUGCCAAAAAAUCGGGAAUUUCAAUUUUUAGUAAAAUUUAUUCAAAAAUGCAGGCAGACGAGGCACUGGUUGACAUUUGCUUGAUAAUUUUGAAUGAGAUUUUGAAGGAAAUGAAAGAAAUUUGUGAUAUCCGGAGGGAAGUGAGGAUUGAUGCUGUCCUAAGCAUGCCUGAAGGUCCAACACAAAAUAAUUUAUUGAGAAUUUUGAUCAAAUUUUGGAAAGUCAAUUCCAAGGACUAUCAUUACUACCGCAAUGCCUUUUGUGAAAUUUCACCAUUUUUUAAACUUUUCUUGUCCUUAAAGGAACAUGAUGAGGAUGACUUUGAGGAUGCAUUUCCUGAAUAUCUUGAUUAUUUAAGGCAGAACUCAAUUAAUAAUGAGAAUUUCACAUUGACAAUCCGUGAGGAUACAAACAUCCUCUUGACAUUGGCACUAGACACAGGAAUGAGGAAAGCCAUGCACAUCCUGAUCAGCUGUCAAUCCAUCGACCCACAACGUCCACAAACAACUCUUGACUUUUCAAUAUCUAAUGAAAUAUCAAUGCUGAAGCUCCUUGAAAGCGGCUACUACCUUGGGUAUGAGGAUGAAUCAGCAAAGGAUGGACAUUGGUUUAAUGCUAAAGUUUUCGAGCAAUUUCUAGACUCUUGUGUCACAAUGGCACCAGCCAAUGGCGUAAAUCGAGAUGAACUUAAUGUUGGGAUCCAGCUUGACUACACGUUCCUUAUAUCGCCAGACAUUCGACCAAUUGUCAUGAAAAAUUAUCAAUCUGAGAAUGGAAGUUUAAUCUUUUCAGCUGGAAUGAGGCCACUCGAGUGGAUUCUUGAGAGUGACAGGCUACGACACUUGAUUACACAUCCACUGCUGUCUACUUUUAUCAACCUUAAAUCACACAAAUUUUCACAGAUUUACAAUUUGAAUCUUUACAUGUUCUGCAUAUUUUAUGUCUUUCCAUUUAUGCUCCUUUUCGUCCAUUACGAUCUUUCGGAUGACACUGACAUGUUGAGGAUCUUAAGUCCUGCUGCUGUUGCCACAUUCUAUCUGACUAUCCGUGAAUCGAUUCAGUUCUUUUGGAUUAUUGACAGCAAACUUGAAUAUUUUAAGAAGAAAAGCAACAAGCUGGAAAUGCUGAUGAUCUUCUCGUCCUGGUGGCUGCUUAUGGCUCUUGUGACUCAUAACUUUCAUUCGUAUCAAGUCUCGUCAGCUUUUAUUAUUCUUUUUGGUGCUAUUGAGCUGCUUAGCAUCCUUCCGUACUCAUCGUUGUCUAUUUAUAUGUUCAUGCUGAAGGAAGUCACGAUCACGUUCCUGAAGUUCUUUACAAUCUUCAUUCUGAUCAUUUUGGCUUUUACAUUCUCAUUUUAUGCUAUCUUGAAGCCUAUUAAGCACUCGAGUAAUCAAUCAUACAAUGACACAGCAACAAUGCAGGCAAAUGAAGCUGUCUUUAAGAACUUUGAGAAUCCAUUUACGUCCUUUAUUAAGACAAUUUUGAUGUUUGCUGGGGACUUUUCAGUCGAACCUUUUAAGCUUGACUCAAUUUGGAAGCAGAUCUUGUUCUUGUGCUUUGUGCUGACUGCUUUUAUACUUUAUAACUUGAUCAAUGGUUUGGCUAUUAGUGACAUUCAGAAGCUGAAGGAUGAUGCUGAGUUUUUGAAUUUGAAGCAGAGGAUAAGGACGACUGCUGAUUGUGAGAAGAUUUUAUGUAAUUUGUACUGGAAGAUUUGUGGAACCAAAAACACAAACCAGCACAGAUCUCCACGAGACAUUGAAAAGAACAACCUCGACGACAACGAUCAGCACUUAAACUUUAUCAAAAGAACAGCAAAAAAGAUCCUAACUUUUAUCGUGAAUCGCUACCCGUUCCUACAUAAAAUGGACAGCUUGUGGAUCGAUUUAAAAUACAAAGCAAUUUUCUAUAAAUUAAAUAAAAACCAAGAACCAAUUUUAAGGAAGAAGAACGGAGCUGUAAAGUCCUACUCACUUGAUGACGAGAACUAUGAACAAUUAAUUGCAAUAAUUAAGAAAAAGGACAAAAAUUAUGAAGACAUUGGCGAGAAAAUUGAGUCAAUUGAGAAAGAUGUGAAGAGAUUGAUGAUGCAAAUGGACGAGAUGCUGAGGACGAUGAGGGAUGAAAGGGAUCCACCACCAAGCAACAAGCACCAUCCGAUGGACGAUCCACAUCCAAAGCCUUCUAACUCGCUGGCAUUCACAGUUGGAGUUCUUAUAGCUGCAACCUUCAUUGGAAUAUUCACUUUGUUCCACUUGCUCCGAAUACUUUUAAAGUAUUUGAAAAAAUAUUUAGCAAGUUCCGAUGAGAUUCAUCUUGAGCCACAGACAUUGACUGUUAAGUCACGAGAGGAUGCCAGGAAGCUUUCAUCAUCUUGUGUUGAAAAGCUGCAUACUGAAAUGCUUAAGGAGCUGAAAGUUGACGAUGUCAAUUGCGUCCAAUUUGACUUAGAUAAGUGCGAUAAAUUGUUGACAAGAUUUGAUGAGAAGCGGUUAAGGACACAGUCAACAAGAGUCAAGGGUGGUCAAGUCAACAAUCAGAGAGUCAGGAAGUUUGGACAGACGAUGAAGCCGAUGAGAAAUAAAACUGAGGAAGUGACUUUUUUUGCUGGAAGGAGUCAUCGGUUUAUGCAGGAUGUGUGA